AUGUUGGAGCGGGGCCUCACCAUUAUUCCUAUGGUGGACACUUGGCUGAAGCGGAGCUGUCAGAUGAGUGGCGAGCUGCAGCCCUUCGAGCUUCUCUAUUUGCCUCGAGGUGUUCCCAUCAAGCUCUCACAGCAGCCGGAGAUGGUGGAUGAGGAGUGGGAGAGACUGCGGCACCAGCAUAUUCACUUGCACCGGAAAGCUGUCAGCUCAGCCUUGCUGUGGUUGGCCCUUGUCUGCAUCUCCAUUUGGCUCAGCGAAGGUUCCUCUGAUCUGCGCCUUCUGGACAGCUCCCCGGAGGCAGUUCCUCUUCGCGCCAAGCACGGCGACACCAUCCGCGACGCGCGCCGGGGUCUGGGGGAGGCGCUGGGGGUGCCUCCUGGGCGCUACUUGGCAAAGCUCUGGCUUCAACUGCUGGGAAAGGAAAUCCUGGCGGAUUCUGCGCCCCUCGCCUCCCUGGACGUCGAUGUCAAUGUUUGCAUCCUGCCUGACAUGCUGGAGAACCAACUGGCAAAGCUUGCUGGUGUGGACAGCUUCAGCGAGCUUCAAGACGCUGUGGAGUUGAGUCUUGCUCAGAAGCGCCUCAAGACGCUGCCGCAACGCUUCGGCGUGGUUUGCCGGUCACUGGAGUUUCUGCAGCUAAGCCACGGCCUGCGACACCUGCCGGACACGUUCCACCACUUGGUGUCAUUGAAGCGGCUGGCGAUCGCUCACGCGCCGCUUUCUGAACUUCCGCCUGGUUUUGCAGAGUUGCCGAACUUGGAGGAGCUGACCAUCGAGGCAUGUCAGCUUGCCAGUCUUCCCCAGGACAUUGGCUCUCUGCAAUGCUUGAGGCUGCUCCACUUGUCCAAGAAUCAACUUCACUCAAUUCCUGCCAGUGUGGGAAACCUCUGCCAGCUGAGAAGGAUGAUGGUGGACAGUAAUCAGAUCGCAGAGCUGCCCGCGACUUUGUUCGACCUUCCCAAGCUUUCUGUCCUGGGGCUAUCGCGGAACCUCUUGCGAAAGAUGGCCGUGGCUGAUGGUCAGCUUCCCCAACUGCAAGCGCUGCGAUUGGAGGGCAAUCGCCUCUCCAACCUGCCGGAUGGCAUAACUGGAUUGAAAUUUUUGCAGGAGCUGCAAUUGCAAGCGAAUCCACUUCGCCCCCUUCCUGAUGGCUUUGGCCAGCUUUGCUGCUUGCGGCGGCUGCAGGCCAUCGGUUGCCUGCUGGAGUCCUUGCCUGCAAGCUUCUCAAGCUUGGCGAGCUUGGAGCACUGCGAUCUCGCCAGAAAUCAGCUCAGGAGUCUGCCGGCAGACUUGGGUCGAUUGACUUGCCUGAAAGAGCUGCUGGCCAAUGGAAAUCGCUUGCAGCAUCUUCCUGAGAGCUUUGGUGACUUGAUCUCCUUGCGGGUGUGCCAGCUGAAUGCCAAUGAAUUGACGCAGCUGCCGGACUCCUUUGGCCGCCUGGGAGCUCUGGAGGAGAUCUGCUUGGUAGAGAACAAGCUGACAUCGCUUCCAAGCUCUUUCAGCGAGCUCUCUUCACUUCGCCGCGCCUUGUUGUCGCGGAAUCGGCUGGCCAACAUUCCAGAGGCGGUGUGGCAGCUGCCGAGCCUCGAGGAAGUGGAACUGUCAGGCAACUGCCUGGAUGCGCGGUAA